GGUUGCAUUGUUUUGCCACAGCUGUGUGAUAACAAAUGACAGAACUGAAUUGGGCUGCCGAGCCCUCCACCGUAGUAGACGAAUGCAGAGCCGUAGAACCGAAAAGCGCAUAAGCGAUAAUACACGUAUGCACUUUCGUACACGCCUUCUGAUCAGACAGCAGAGAUAUUGCUGUACGCAUCGUGGUAGUUCAUUUGAAUUUUAUUGGGCUUUGGAAUCGUUUUUUGGCGUUUCGGUUGGUUGGAACUAUUGCCACAAGUUUGGGUAUAAAAGCUCCACCAUGGAGGACGAACAGCCAUCAGCCGCAGUUGAGCUUUCGCAGUGCAAUCACCACCCGAAUAUGGCAACCAAACCGUUGAACUACCUCAUGAACGUGGUGGUGGCUCUGUGCCUUGUGCAGCUUACCCUAGGAUUAGAUCUGGCCGUGUACACCAAACCGAGCAAGGAAGUUGGCAAACGUCUUGAGUCGUACGAUCCCCGGAAGAGUCCGGGAUAUCCGCAUGAGUACGGAUUUGGCCACUACUACCAGGGCGAUAUUCUGCUGCGGCCGUCCAAAGUCGGUCGUCUGGCAGUUACCGAUCCACUGAAAAUCGAUCUAUGGGUCGAUGGCAUAGUGCCGUACGUGAUCCGUGCCAACUUCACUGAAGGAGAAGCGCAAACCCUGAAGGCCGCUUUCGCCCAGUUUGAGGAGAAGACCUGCGUGCGGUUUGUACCGCGCAGCGAUGAGCUGCAAUACAUAACGAUCACGAACCGGCCGGAAGGAUGCUACUCGUACGUGGGCCGCAGCCCCGAUCCGAUGUUUAACCAGCUCAACCUGCAGACGCCCAGCUGUAUGCAGGAGGUCGGUACACCGGUGCACGAAAUGAUGCAUACGCUCGGGUUCCUGCACGAACAGUCCCGCCCCGAUCGGGACGACUUUAUCGAGAUCUUCCCGCAGAACCUUCGCCCGGAGUAUCAAGAUCCUCAGUUUAUUGCGGUCAACUUUGGCAAAUACGAAGGUCCGGACGGUACGGAUUACGGUGUGCCGUACAACUAUGGCAGUGUGAUGCACUACUCGCGGCUGGCCGGUGCUGCCUCACUCGCUAACCCGGUGCUGAACAACAAGCAACCAUUCUUCGGCGACUUUGGCAGUGAGGCUGGGCUGACGGACGGUGAUGUGCAGCAGCUCAUUGCCCGAUAUUGCACAAAGUAGAGGGAAGCGAGGAAGGCUGCUGUUGCACUAGCUUUUUUGAUACGAAAUGAAAUAAAUCUUGCUACGAAUGACUACAAAACAUCCUGGUUCAAUCUAUUUUCGAUACAA